GCAAUCGGGCGGAAGGUGGUGUACACCCUGGACAAGUAGCCAUCGCAUCACAGGGCCAACACAGAUAGACAGACAACAUUCACACUCACAUUCACACACUAGGGACCAUUUAGUGUUGCCAAUCAACCUAUCCUCAGGUGCAUGUCUUUGGAGGUGGGAGGAAGCUGGAGUACCCGGAGGGAACCCACUAUCCUGUUUUGUCAAUAGUUACUGUACAUAUUGGGAUUUUUUUCAUUUAUUGAUCGGUAAUCGCACACAAUACGAUAAGUAACUUUGAUAACAUCUGUUGAGAAUUGGCGCUAUAGCAACAAACUUGACCAGCCGGUUUCAUACUUGCCAACCCUCCUGAUUUUCCUGGGAGAGUCCCGCAUUUCAGUGUCCCUCCCGAAAAUCUCCCUAGGCCACCAUUCUCACGAAUUUCUCCCGAUUUCCACCCGAACAACAAUAUUGCUAAACCAUCCUUCACUGGGCGCUGUUUCCGGCCGGACAAUAACAACGGUUACACCUCAAAGUCAAGCGCGGCAAUCAGAACAGGAGACGAAGUAGAAGAAGAGUCGUGGCGAAGACGAGUAAGAAGAAAAAGUACGCUUGCAAGUUCCAAAAUGAUUGGAAAAAAGAAUUUCAGUUCAUCCAGAACAGCUUGAAGGGGAAGGACUAUGCUGCCUGCAAAAUUUGUAGAUCAGACUUCUCCAUUGAACAUGGUGGCCGAACGGAUAUAGUCAUUAAUGAACGGUCAGAAACGCAGCAUUGGUCACAGCCCAGUAUUAUAGGCCACCUUGCUAAAUGGAGACCCGAGGGUGUAACUUAUGUCGAGACAAAGAUGGCUACGCUGAUAACUGCAAGCAACAUCCCGUUCUCAUUUUCGGAUGUUUUCAACAAAUCCGUGAAAGAUAUGUUCCCGGAUUCAGAGAUCGCUCGCCAGUACUCAAAUGGCAGAACAAAGGCCAAUCAAAUAGUGAAAGAGACUACACAGACUGUGUGGCCAGAAAAGUCCAAUGAAACGCAUCUUGAUGCAGAGGAAAUUCAAGAAAAGGAAGAUUCCUGUGUUGAUCAGCCAAGCUCAGGAAAGGAACUAUCUGAGAACCAAGUGGGAAAUGUGGACUUGGAUGGGGUUGAAGACAACGACAAGCACGCUGAGUUAACAUCAACGCCAAAAAAGUGUCGUUUGGAGUGCAAAGAGUGUGGAAAGCGCUUCACCCGGCGUGAAAUGUUCUACCUUCACCGCCACUAUCAUGCUCACAAGGAUGAACUCAUGCCGCUCACUUGUAAAGAAUGCGGCCUGUCAUUUAGUGACCGCAGGAGCCUUAUGAAACACAGACAUGAACAUAAAGAGGAGGAGGAGCCAAAGUAUGAAGAGGAGAGUGGUUUUCAGUGUGCAGAAUGUGAGAAGAUUUUCUCUUCAGUGCGAAAGCUGCGGUCCCACAAAUGCAUCGAAUCAGAUGACAAGCCUUUCCGCUGUACACUGUGCCGUCAGGAGUUCCAAUCAAAAGUGUCUAUAACCAAGCACAUGUUGAACCACUCGCUGGAUGAAGGCUUUAAAUGUAAAGAGUGUGGUAAACGCUUCCCAGAAUACAGGAUCAUGCGUGUCCACCAACGAUGUCACCCUAACUUUAAACCCUAUGAAUGCCCCGAGUGCGGCAUGGUUUUUAAAUACCAAUCUGUCAUGGAAGACCACCGUCGCAAGCACACUGACAAGCAACCCCCUCACCUGUGCAACAUUUGCGGUAAGACUUUCAAGUACAGCGGUCUCUUUCAACAGCAUCAGUAUCUGCACACCGGUGAGAAGGCCUUCAGCUGUCCUGAAUGUGGUAAAAAAUUUGCUUUUGCUCAGAAUGUGAAGGCACACUGUCGCCUGCACAGACUGUGCCAAACCAACCCACUUCCCUUUAGUGAGCAGCCCACCAAGCAGACCUCUUUGUCCGCACCGGUGCAAAGGAAAGAGAAUGCACACCAGAGUGAAGACCCAAAACACACUUUUAACUGUCCUCUUUGUCCCCAGACGUGCAGCACCCCGGCCAACCUGAGAGCCCACAUGCUUAUUCAUGAGGUGGAGUAUGAGACACUGGAGAGAAGCACAGAGACGCCUCCAGAGGUUAAAAAGGUUUGGGACAAAGGGCACACCUGUCCACACUGUCCAUCUACUUAUCGUGAUGAGAUAAGUUUACGAUUACACAUUUUGAAAAGCCACAAGUAUGUAGCACAAGAUUCAGAUAAAGUGGCUGCUGUCUCCUCCAAAGAAUCGAAACCUCUAAUCAGUGAAAAUGCCCUUGCAAAAUUAAAAAAUGAAAGCUUAGCUAUCAGGCCGUACAAGUGCCCUGAGUGUGAAAAAACAUUCCGCCAUCGCUCAGUCUUAGAAUUGCACAUGCGCAUACAUUCCAAGGAUAAGCCAUACCAAUGCAACGUGUGUUUCAAAGGCUUCCGGUUCAGCAACUAUUUGCAGCAGCAUCUCGUCAUCCACUCGGGCAAAAAGCCGCACAAAUGUCCCGACUGUGGGAAGGAUUUUGCCUUCUUGCAGAAUAUGAGAACCCAUCAGAAGCUGCAUCGGGAAAAACCCUUCCGUUGCACUGGUUGCAGCAAAGGCUACAGCAGUGACCUGCAACUGCAGCGCCACAUGCUCUCGCAUAAUGGCGAGAAGCCCCAUAAAUGCCACCUCUGUGAGAAAAGCUUUAGCCUGGCGUAUCUGCUCCGCGAUCACAUAAACACUCACACGGGGGAACGGCCCCAUCACUGUGGUGAGUGCAACAAAUCCUUUUGUUGGUUGAGCAGCUUGCUAGUGCACCAGAAGAUUCACUCUCGCAAGCGCCAAAGUCAGAGUCAUUUUUUCACCACUGCUGGAAGAGUGAGAGGCAGAGGAAGGAGAGGGGGGAGGCUGACAAGGGGUUUGUCUAGACGGUUAGGGGGGCUCCUUUAUGAUGAUCUGCAUAGAGAGGCGGACCCAAAGUCACAAUAUUCCAUGAUGUCCUCUCAUCAGGAAUUGCUGGUGAGGAAUCGGGAGGAAGGAUUGCUUUCUGACCUACACCAGACCCGUGUUCAAUGGAAGGUUGACGGUGAAGAAGUGAUACCUUUUCAGUCAUCACAGCACUUGCAAGAGUUUGCCAGCCCACGACAAGAGAGACCCUCUGAAUCUUCUGCACAGAAAAGAUCCAGCCCCUCACGAGUGGAUGAGCUAUCUGCGCCCAGAGCUUAUUUUUCUGCUUCCUCUGGUUCUUUGCAAGUAGGCUCUGUUGGGUCAUCAUCCUUCAUGAAUGGUGCGGUGUUGUGGAGUGUCCAACCUCCUCAUUUUGGUCAAGAGCUACAGUCACUUAAAUUGUCCACAGCUCCGGUGCCAACACAAAAACGGGAGACUUCCACGCAAGCACUAUCGCUGACUGUUAACCAGCUUGAGAAGUCCCAGAUAGAUGCUGAGGCGGACAAGCAGAGAGCUGAAUGCAUAGUAGAUAUACCAACCACAUCUCAGAUAGACCAAAGCAGCCCCAUGCCACUAUUGACUCCUGUUUCUCAAGGGGAAGUUCGCUCCUUGUGGGACAUUCAAGCCCCACUGGGGAUUUCAGGCAAAAUGAACUUACCUGUGAAGCAGGCAGCAGUAACGGCAGCAACUUGGACCAAUAUACAGAGUCAAAAUGCCACACGGCAACUUCCCAUCCCCUUCCAUCAUUUUGGCCAGGGGAUAGGCACUGCAGUCUGGGGCUUCCAAAAUAAUCAUUCUCUUCUCACUGGACAGCUCAAACCAGGGAGUGCACAGGAGCUACAGCAGCAAACUUUGGUCGCUGGCAGUCAGAUCAUCCUCAAUCAGCCAAACCCCUUCUUCUCACCACCACUCACCCCGCUCUCUGCACUGGCUUUGUCUGGCACACACCCUCUUCACACUGUCACCAUCAAUGCACUACAGAGACCACCCCACCCAAAUAUCUUCUUUACCCCGCAGGGUGUCAUGACCAAGAGGCCACCCAUGCCACAAACCCUGCCCCUAUCUCAGCUCACCUCACAGGCUGAUGCUCACAAACUCGGAGUUUCCCAUUUGCCCUUUUCACCUGACCGACUCAUGCAGUGCAUGAUAUGCGGCAUCUCUUUCCCACAGGAACUUGAUCUACAAAUGCAUUACUUACAACAUGCACAAGGACAGAUUUGACUUUUCUAGUUUCGAUUUUUGUUUCAUCUAUUAUUCUGACUCUCGCUUGUGUAUUUUGAAUGGGCAUUGGAUGUGAAAAACCUAAAUUAGACUGCACACUUUUUUUAUUUCACUCACAGUUAGACUACAAAUACCAUUGGUUUAGCUUAUACUGUUGAGACUAAAGGUUUAAAUAAACUGUGUAAACAUUUUCUCACUUUUUUAAAUUAAAUUAGUUUCAACAUUUGCUUUAGGUCGUCAGGAUUAUCCAUGUUAUAUCUUUAAAGCUGCAAUUAUUUAAAAUAUAAUAUUUUAGAGUGUCAGAAGUUAACAUACAUUUCCUUAGUAUUUAGUAGCAAUGCCUAAAGUGUAUGACUUGGGUCAAGAGUUUUGGUAAUCUUUCCACAAGUAACUCACAAAAGUUUGCUGAACUUCAGCCCCAUUCUCACAGACAGGACUGGUGUUGCUACAUCAGGUUUCAAAUCAAACCACAAAUAUUCUAUAGGAUUGAGUUUAGGGAUUUAAGGUGGCCAUUCUAAAACAUUACCUUUGCUGUCCUUAAGCCAUUCUGUAACUUUGUCAUGUAUUUUUCUCUUUGUUACAGCAAAGAUUAACCAACUCAGACCUGGCCAUUAUUAAUAGAAUAAUAAGAGUUAAGAGAAAGAAUCAUAAAAUAGCUACACAAAACAACUACACUGUGAACGCACACGUCUGAAAACCAGAAAUGAUGCAAUACAUGUCAUUAUCCAAAGGAGGAGAGGAGUCUAUUGCCUGACACCUGUUUUAAAAUGGUUGUAUCACAAUUUAUGUGCCAAACUACAUAUUUUGAUAUAAAUUGUUAUUGCAGGGCGCAAUAUUGUUUUUAGGCCACAUUGCCCAUCCAUAGUCCUGGGAAGAUAUAUUAUUUUUGUGGGACACAUAAUCUGUCUCAUCCCUGAACAGUACAAUGACUGGACAUUCCCAUGUUUGUAAUUGUGAAUUGAACAGAUGAAUGUGGCACCUUCAAGUAUCUGGAACGUGCACUCAAAAAUAAACUAGACUUGUGGAGCUCCACUGUUUUCUUCCUGAUAUCUUGGCAUCAUUUUUAGAUUUUCCCACCAUAAUGUCAAAGAAGAAAGCAAUGUGUUUGAGGUGUGGCCCUAAAUUACAUGUACACAUGUACCUCCAUUUAAUCAAAGCAAAUGCUUAAAAAUAGUAUCUCUUUCAUUAUUGCAGCAUUUAUCAAAUAUGGUUUUACAAAUGCAGAAAUGCUCCAGCACCCUCCUGACCUCAAAAGGGACAAGCGGUAGAAAAUGGAUGGAUGGAUGAGUAGAGUGGCCGGGCCAACAACUUGAGGGUUCUAGGUUCGAUCCCCGCAUCCGCCAUCCCAGUCACUGCCGUUGUGUCCUUGGGCAAGACACUUUACUCACCUGCUCCCAGUGCCACCCACACUGGUUUAAAUGUAACUUAGAUAUUGGGUUUCACUAUGUAAAGCGCUUUGAGUCACUAGAGAAAAAGUGCUAUAUAAAUAUAAUUCACUUCACUUCACUUUACUAAUUCUAAUUGACCGACAACAUGAAAAGCUUAGUCUGAUUUAAUGUCGGACUUAAACAUAUUUGUGCUUUUUACAGUGUAUGUUAGGCUUCUGAUUUCAAUUCUGUAUGUAGUAGUUUCACUUUGUAGAAUAAUAAUAAUAUGCAAUUUCAACCUGAACCAGUGGGAUUCUACACUGCAUUUCAUUUUAUGUCAAUGUUAGAUUUAUAAAUUUUUAACUUAGUUUUGUUCCAUGUUCUAAACUGUUGUCCCCAUGUACAGUAUACAGUGUACCUUUUUAUGAGUAAAGUCUGCAUGUCUGCUAAGGUUGGUAUUCUAUUCUGCCGAGUUCAUACUCAGACUGAACUAUGACUUCACUCUUUAGAACUGUCCUCCAUAUACACUGAAAACAUCCCUAUCGAACACCUGUCCUCCAUAUACACUGAACACAUCCCUAUCGAACACCUGUUCUCCAUAUACACUGAACACAUCACUACCCUCGCAAUUAUCAUGUUUAGGACUCAAUGUUAAUCAUUGGUAACGUUCUCAUGGUGAGUUGAGAAAACAAAGUAUGCUAACACAGCUUGUGAAUAUCCAAUCAUAACAAGGUUUAUUAUUUUAAGUAAUGUUUUUAGAAGUUACUUUAUAAAAGUAGCAAGUAAUUUAUUCACCUCUCAUUUACCAUUUCAACAAGGAACAGCUAUUGUUUCAUACAAAUAAUGCCACUGAUAAAUAUAUUAUUCAUAAAUGCUGUAUAAGUUUAAAGUACAUCACUGUUAAACUAUUAUUUGAACUGACACCACAAGAUUAAAGAAGGUGAAAAAUAGGACAUGACAUGCUAUACCUCUGUCCUUUGUUUUUGCAUUGAAUAAAAGUCUUCCUGUGAUAUCUUC